GCUUAGUGCGCAUGCGUACAUAAUUUUAUGAAUGAAUAUAUAAAUUGAGUUUGUCACAUCAUCUUGUUUAUAUUUAUGUAGAUAGUUUAUCAACAUUAUUUAAAGUGAACAACUUGCAAGGGAGUUAAGAAGAAUGUCUAAAGGAACAAAGGGAUCCAUUAUUAUGGAGGGAAAACAGAAGUUAAAUCAGUUUGGCGACUUUACUGACGUUAGUAACAUGACAGUUGAUGAUUGGGAUUAUCGGUGGUCACUAGAUCAAACCAAGUUUCACAUGCCGAUAGUUCACCCGAUGCUGAAGAAACAUAUACAAAAGUUAACAUUGGGAAGAAAUAGACAGACAGUGUUUGUGCCACUUUGCGGAAAGUCAUUGGAUAUGAAGUGGUUGCUGGAAGAAGGACACGAAGUUGUCGGAAACGAGUGUGUAGACUCAGCAUGUAAACAGUUCUUUGAAGAAAAUAAGAUUCCAUAUACAACAGAGAAGCUAGGCGAUGUGGAUGGGGUGUUAUACAAGGCUACAGACGGAAAGUCAAUAAAAAUCUACAGAUGCGAUUGCUUUGACCUGACUAGCAAACUAUGUGGAAAGUUCGACUGUAUUUGGGACCGCGGUGGAUUUGUUGCACUACCAGUCAAAGACAGAAAACGGUACGCUAAUGUGAUGAAGAGCCUGAUGAAACCAGACUGUCGUUAUAUGUUGGAUUGCUUUCUGGUAGACAACGAGGCUUUUGCAGGUCCACCCUUCAACUGCACGACAAAAGACGUUUCAAAAUGCUUCGAUCAAUAUUGCGGGAUUCAGAAAAUUGACAUUCAUGAUGCUUUUACCAAAUGGCAAGAAUCUUGGGGAAUUAAAUCGUUCGUUGAAGAAGUGUAUAUGUUGAAACCAAAAUAACUUUCAUGUUCAAUUGUGCAUAUAAUUACCAUAUUGAAGAGCCCUUUUUUAAAGAUGGUUUUUUACUUAUUGCAUACAAAAUAUAAUCUUCAUUUCAACAAUUAAUAUAUUUUAGAAGUCGUCUAGUCAGAAACAUGAAACUCAUUCAAAAUCGCCGGUCUGUAUUACUGUAAAAUUUACACGUGAAUUUCGUGCAUAUAAUAUAUGAAAACCCAACAUACACAACACAGUGACGUCCCUCUACCUUGUAUGUGAGCAGAAGACAUUAAAUUAAGAAGAAUGGCGUUACUUUUCCUUUCAGUCGUGAGUGAAAAGUAAUUGUUCAUCCAAAAAUAUUUCUCUCUUAACGUAUAAAAAUUGUAUAUAUGUGUGUAUAUUUGCAUAUAAAUUUAUUGUUUCUUACUAAUUUUUAAAGCAAUGUAUUUUAAUAGAUAACAUUGUUGCUAUUUUUUUCGGCUUUUUGCAGCUAUUUCUGACUCCAGUGACAUAUAUGCAAUCAGAAGCUGAAAUAUGUUCCCUUUGUUUUUGAAUUAAGGUGACUUAUAGCAAUAAAGAAUGCCAUGUUUGACUUUGAAUAGUAUAUAAUAUGGUAGAUGUCUAUUUCUAACUUGAGUGUUUUAUAUAUUACUGAAAUAGUGAAAAACAAAAUCCCUAAAGACAGCCAAACACGGCAAAAUUGUAAAAUGUUGCAGGCUCGGUUUGAUUGAGCCUGUUCAUGGACGGUACUGGAAAGUGCAAGUUACCGUUUACCCCCUCUAGCACCGGCUUAAGCAGAAUUCAACAUUUGAACACUUAAAUGGUGAAAUUUUGAAUUUAGAAACAUCCGCAGAUAUGUUCAUACGGCGGUUAUCAUGGAACCUUCAAUGUGACAUUGAAGUGUCAUUCCAUGAAAAGCGGCGUAUGAUCCCCAAGAAAAAGAAUGCGUGUGAAAGUUUUACUGGAAAAUAUGCCAUACAGCGUCAAUCAUCAACUGUAACUGAUUGGUGAUUCUAGAUGUGUAAAUUAUAAUCUUAUAACUUAUUACACGAACUGAAAAACAAAGCCGAAAGUCACUUUUUUUGUUAUUGUUCAGAGUUUGCAAUCUGUACAAUAUCUGAAAUACAUGUAGAUAUAACUAUUACAGAUGUAAUAAAUAUUUUAUAUUUCUUUAUUAAGAUUUCAUGUUUAAUUUUGUGAUAUUUCACUGUUGUGUCUGUUGUGUAAUUUUAAUUUGUUUGUUGUAAAUAUAUCUAGUAGCAAUAAACCUUCCAAACUGC